AUUCUAUUUGAUGGGUAGCACACUAGCACUAGCCUGCCCGACAAUAACAUGUAUACAACACAUUCCGUUGUUUACCUUGCCAUGUGCUUUUCCAUGACAGUUUUGUAGAAAACCUUGGUGAAAUUGCACGCAUGAAAUUCAGAGCAGACGGCGCCGGCGACGCCCGGACCAGAGGCGGAAGGACUCGCCGCCGGUGGUAAGUUCGCCGGCUUCAAUAGGCUUCCCUGAAGGCCAUGGCAAUGUAUAGCAAAGUAGCUUGAGAUUGCAGGUUCACAAGACGUAUUAACCCCACAACUGAUCAACCUUUAUUGGCGGGAAAGGAAGGCUGAUCGCUUAAUUAGCCGCUUCAGUUGCACAGUAACUGAGGAACCGAAAGUGGGUGCAGUGCAAAACUGCAAAUAGUAGCUGUGGAAUUUGCAAACUGAAAGGGCACAUGCAUGCAUGGCCCAAGCCCAACUAGCUUUAAGGCCCUGUUUGUGGAGCUUCUAGCUGCUGCAGCUUCUCCGAGAAUCAGAAACUCCCCCAAACAGUUCAGCUUUUGGUGUAAAUUCUGAGAAGCUGUAGUUGUAGAAUCCAGAAAAUGAACUAGAAGCUAGAAGCUGGGAAACUUAGCUUUUCCAGAUUCUUAGAAGCUGGCUACCAAUCAGCUGCUUCUCAGAAUCUUAAGCUCCCCCCACGCGUUGUGAAAUUUGUUUUUCACCCUUAGAUAUUCUUUGGCUUCUAGGUUGUAUUGGGGUGUAACAUUUGCGAUUCUAUUUGAUCAUGGACAGCUUUGCGGGCUUCAAAUUCAGCGUGUAAAAUGAGAUGGAAUUAAUAGUUUUCUCCAUGCAUGUUAGUGAUUGAACCAUAGACUUUACAACUUCCUAAGAUCUGCUCAACUCAAUCAGGGAAAGUGUUAAAUCUUAAUUACCAAAAAAACACUACCGAUUUCUCUUUCUUGCAACACUCGAGUUCAUCAUGAUUUGAUGAAUGCGAAAAAUUUUCUUCAGAAUGCAGACUGGGAAUUUCAGUAUGAGAAGAAUCAGAGGCUUUGUUUUUGUUGUGAUCUUGGUGAUGAUAUCAUCACUGUGCUCUGCAACCAAUGCUCUCUCAUGGAGCAUGUUCUCUUCGUCAUCCAAGAAGCCAUCAAUGGCGCCGCCGCCGCCGCUAGACGGCGGCGUUCCGGUGGCCGAAUUCUCCAUCGACGGCGGCGGGGACGCGAGAGGUGAUAAGCUGAUGGAGAACGCGCGGCGCAGGAUCGCCGCCGGCGAUGGGCGGCCGGGCACCACCUGCUGGAGCGAGGCGUACCGGAGCCUGUUCGCGAGCUGCGGCGACAUCAUGGCCGACAAGGAGCUGCAGGCGAGGCUCGCGUGGCGCCUCAGCGGCUGCUUCCAGGAGGACUCCGGCCGGCCGCCGCUGCCGCCGUGCGACGCCGCGGCAGCCCACGGCCACGGCCACGCCGACAUGGUGCACUGCCGCGAGCGCCUCUCCGACUCCGAGUCCAAGGUCUUCCUCGCCUUCUUCCUCGAGACGAACACCCUCUGCCACCAACUGCAGGCCGAGGCGUUCAAGCGGAGCACGGAGAGGCUCGUGAACGACCUGACAAGGUCGGCGAGGUCGGCGCGCGAGAAGCUGGAGGCGAUCGAGGAGAGGUCGGAGAAGAUCAUGCGGGAGUCCGACCAUCUCCGGCGAUCGCUGUCGUCGAUCAUGUCGCAGACGGAGCACCUCGCCACGGCGUCCGAGGACGUCCGGGCCCGGAUCGGCGACGUUCUUGAUCGGUCGGCGGCGAUCUUCGAGCGGUCGAGGGAGAUCGCCGCCGCGCAGGCCGAGCUGCGGGGAGGGCAGGCGGCGAUGAGGGAGGAGCUCGCCGCCGGGAUGGCGCAGGUGGAGGCGUCGUACAGGAGCAUCGGCGAGGAGAUGGGGAGGCUGAGACAGGAGGCCAUGGGCAUCGAGAGGGAGGUCAGGGCCGUCGGCGACGCCAUGGCGGCGAGGAUGGUGGACUUGCAGAGCGCCGCCGACGACAUCGGCGCCGCCGCCGGGAGAUCGCUGGAGAAUCAGAUGCUGUUGUUGGAUGGACAGGCAAAAGCGAUGGAAGGGCUCAAUCAUCUCUACAGUUUUCAGGCACAAGCUCUUCAGGAGAGCAGGGAAACCAUUCAGAAGCUGGCGCAAUUCGGGCAGCAACAGCAGGAGGAGCUCCUGUCUCGGCAAGAACAGAUCCGGCACGCUCACGAUGACCUCAUGAAAAAUUCAGAAUCUAUACUGGAAGCUCAGGAAGAGUUCAGAGCUAAGCAGGCGAGCAUCUUCGCGGCGCUGGACAAGCUCUACGUCCUCCACAACGCUGUUCUUGUGGAGUCCCGUUUCAUCAAGGCCUUCUUCUUCUACUGCUGCAUCACAUUCCUCGUCUACUUGCUCACCAGCGCCAAGCAGACCUUCGCCAUUAGAGGCCACCUCUACUUCGGACUCUGCAUCACGCUCGUGCUGGAGACCGUCGUCAUCAAGCUCGGAGCCGACGACUUCAGUAAGCAGUUCUUGAUCAUGUCCAAAGUGCUGUUAAUCAGAUCGGUGUUCCUCGCCGCCGCAGCAGCUCAGAUCUUGCACUCAAUUUUCACAUACAAGGAUUACGAAGUACUGAACCAUCAAUUACUGCAGACAUUGAUGGAGAAAGUCCGGGCGAUUGAAGGCAAUGGCAGUGGCGGAGACCAGAUGAAUCCAUGGAGUACUGGGAGUGAUUGCAGCAGCAUUGGUGACUGCUCAUGGUUCUUCGACGAGCAGCUGCAGGACGAAGUGGACAGCGAAAUCGACCCAGAUUUCGCGUUGCCGAGAGAAAUCUGUGGAAAUGGCAGCAUUUUGCCGGAAGAAUUCGGCGAAAAUUCAGUCACCACGUCCAUCUCGAGGAGGUACAACCUCCGGCCACGCAUCAGGCCGCGGUGAACAGCACACAAGCAGUGAGAGCAUAUAAAAGCAGUUCUGUCAGACAUUGUGCUCAAGAAAUGAAUUAUAGUGAAACCUUUUUUUUAGUAUAUUUUUCUUUUCCAGCUUCUCUGAAGAUAACCACAUCAGAUGAAAUGGUAUUGGAUUGGUUGUACAUAAGCUAUAUUUGAAAGUAAGAGAGUUUGCAGUGACAUGCUAAGUAGAUCUGAAAGUUCCAUUACUGAAUCAUAAAUCUAACAUGACAUAUAGCUGCUUGCCUGCUUGUAAGAAUGGAAAAGAGAACCUAAUGUACAGAAUUUUGACUAAUUGAGCUCCCUCUCCGGCCUAUACAC